AUGGUGAUGGUGGCUGUUGUUGGAGCCGGGGUGAAUGGCCUCACCUGCGCAGUGAAAAUUAAAGAAAAGUAUAAAGAUUAUGAUGUAGUAUUGAUCUCAAGUGAGUUCACUCCGAACACUACUGGAGACGGAUCCGGAGGGCUCUGGUACCCUUUCAUAUGUGGAGAAACUCCGGACGACCUAAUAAGAAAAUGGGGCAAUGAAACAUACAAAUAUCUCCAUGAACUAUAUCGGUUAGGUGAACAUGGAGUGUCUCUCUUACCAGUUUACAGUCUGUACAGAACUAAGGAGAAGUUCUGCAAGCCAAUCUGGUCGGACAUAGUGUACGGGUACCAAGUACUCGACGAGCAACAGUUGAAGGACUGUAGUCAGCUGUUCUCUGGUGAAUAUGGAGCCGGCCACACAUUCCUAACAUUCGUAUUACCAGCACCAAGAUUCCUGGCAUACCUUCAGGAAAGGUUUGAGCGUGCUAAUGGCAAGCUACUGCGAGCGAAGAUCACAUCACUUCAGGAUCCUGUGUUGGAGCCCUUUGAUGUGGUGGUUAACUGCACCGGUUUGGGUGCCCGGUGGCUUGUGCCUGAUGCUGAAGUGGUCCCGGUCAGAGGGCAGAUUACUAAGGUGAAGGCUCCGUGGAUGAAUCUGGUGGUUAUUGACGAGGAGGGCGGCAACUACAUCAUACCCAAUUCAGAGACAUGUGUGCUGGGAGGGACCCACCAGAGCGACUACUGCACAGAUGUAUACGCAGCCGACACUGAGUUCAUCAUGAACGGGUGCAAGAAGAUGAUGCCUGGAUUCGAAAAUGCGGAAGUAGUGAAGCACUGGGUUGGACUGAGACCUGUAAGAUAUUCCAUCAGGUUGGAGCCUGAGGAGAGGAAUGGAAAGCUCUACAUACAUAAUUAUGGACAUGGUGGAAGUGGCUUCACUCUAUUCUGGGGCUGUGGUGACGAAGUUAUCAAAAUAUUACAAACGCAUUUGGAUAAAAACGAACAAACACAAAUACUUUCAAAACUUUAA